GAUAGUUCUUACCCUUUGGACUUGUAAUGGCUGAAUUGAGCGCCUAUCAAUAUUGAACGUCUUCCAGCCAUGUCACUUAAGUCAUGGAUUGAGGAAACCUUCUCCAGGAGAGAAUGUGUGAAGUUUAUCCUCUCCUCCCGAGAUCUUCACAGGUGCUGUUGUGGUCGUCUAAUGGUGGAACACCUUCAGCAAGAGGCACCUGCCCCCACGGUCAUCUUUCCAGUUCCUGAACAGGAUGUGGCGGAGGACUGGUCCUUGGAGCUACACACUACAGCCAGUCCCACCGACGCCUACGGGACCAUAGACUUUCAGGACAGUGCAACACGCGCGUGUCGGGCCAAGUUCGUGCGUUUGGCUGUGGACUCAAAGCCAGAGGCGCUGCUCCAGCUGAUGCUGAAGGAGUGGCAGAUGGAGAGACCCAAGCUCCUACUUACCGUCCACGGAGGAUCUGAGAACUUCACCCUUCCUCCCAAAGUCAAACAAGCUUUCAGUAAAGGCCUGAUCACUGCGGCCCGCAGUACAGGCGCAUGGAUACUUACUGACGGUAUUAAUACUGGUGUUUCCAAGUAUGUGGGCGAGGCAGUGAAAACAUUUGGUGGCCACAACCUGAGGAAGAGGAACACAAUUGGGAUCACACCUUGGGGAGUGAUCGACAACAACGCAGACCUCAUAGGAAGAGAUCUCUUCAAGCCUUACCAGCCGCUGGGGAAUCCUUUGAGCAAGAGGGCCUGUCUUAACAGUUUCCACUCCCACUUUCUUCUGGUGGAUGAUGGAACGCUCGGAAAAUACGGUUGCCAAGAAGGCCUCAGGAAGAAGUUGCAGAAACACAUUCAACUGCUGAAGAUCCACCCUCGACUGAAGCAAAGAGUGCCGAUGGUGUGUGUGGUGGUGGAAGGAGGCCCUGCCAUUGUGUCCGCAGUGCUGGACUACGUCAGCAGUGACCCCCCCGUGCCGGUGUUUGUGUUUGAGGGAUCUGGAAGGGCUGCCGACCUGUUUGCCUUUUUACAUAAGCACACUGAUAUCGACAGGCAAUUAGAUGCAGACAUUAGACUGGACUUCCUCGCAAGGAUUGGGGACGUGUUCGGAGUCGAUCGAAAGGAAGCGUCUCGCCUUUGCACUCUCCUCCUGGAAUGUAUGGAUCACAGACAAUCUAUUACCAUCUUUGAUUCAGAGUCAGAAGAGCAGAUGGCCCCGGAUGCCGCCAUUUUGACCACCAUUCUCAAGGGCACAAAGGCCAGUGCUGCAGAGCAGCUGAGUAUGACUCUCGCCUGGGACAGAGCUGACAUCGCACAGAAAAACGUUCUGGUGUUUGGACAACAUUGGCAGGUGGGUUCAUUGGAACAGGCCAUGCUGGAUGCUUUGGUGAUGGACCGUGUCAGUUUUGUCAAACUGCUGAUUGACAACGGGAUGACAAUGAGUCACUUCCUCACCGUGGGUCGCUUGGAGGAACUUUAUAACAUGCCUCAGGGGCAGACUGACCAUUUUCUUCAUCACCUUGUUGAGGAUGUGAAACAGACAUCUUUAGCUCUCGGGUACCGACUGUCUCUCAUUGACAUGGGCUUGGUCAUUGAGUACCUCAUUGGAGGAGCAUACUGCAGCACCUAUACACGCAAACACUUCAGAACCGCCUAUAACGGACUGCAGGAAAAGAAAGGGAGAUGUGUCAGUACCCCUUCCUUGUCCAAACAAAAAAUGGGAGCGAUACCAAAUUUCCAAAGGAAUUUCUUUCGAACUGCUCAGCCUUACAAACGCAAGGACCAGAAUGUGCCACACGGUACCAGUGAAAACGCUGUAUUGAGUGCCGGUCUUCGUGAAGCGCCACUCGUCUUUUCUUUCAACUUCAAUGACGUCUUCGUGUGGGCCGUGCUUCAGCAACGCCAGCAGAUGGCUCUGUUCCUGUGGCAGCAUGGUGAAGAGGCUCUUGCCCGGGCCACAGUGGCCUGCAAGCUUUACCGCUCCAUGGCCUUUAAGGCACGACAAAGCAGCAUGGAUGACCACAUGGCAGAACGCUUCAAAGCAUAUUCACUUGAAUUUGGUCAUCUGGCAGUGAACGUCUUGGACUGCGCUUUUCGUCGGAAUGAGAAGAUGGCAAUGAAGCUGCUCACUUCCGAGAUGGCGGCGUGGAGCCACUUCACCAGCUUGCAAAUAGCAGUUUCUUCGUGUCACAGACCCUUUGUUUCGCACUCUUGUACGCAGACCCUCCUCACCGAUCUCUGGACUGGCCCACUCAACAUGAGAAAAAACUCAUAUCUAAAGAUCAUUUUGAGCCUUCUUCUGCCUCCUGCCAUUCUGCUCCUGGAUUUCAAAAGUAAAGCCGAAAUGUGUCACGUUCCCCAGUCUCAUGAGGCGAUUCUCUUUGGACGCGACACUCUUAAGUCAGGAGCAGCUCAUGACGAAACCGAUCACGUGGCUAACCAGGAUGCAGAGCAUGGACGUCCAUCCCAGGACCGAUAUCUUGGUUCUCGGUCUGGAAUCCUUUUCCCAAUCACUUUGCAUAGUGUGUCCUGGAUCACAAGACUCUAUGAGUUCUACACAGCUCCUGUUGUUAAGUUCUGGUUCCAUACAAUGUCAUACCUCGCAUUCCUAAUGUUCUUCUCCUACACCAUCUUAGUCAAGAUGGAUGAUCAACCCGGUGUCCAGGAGUGGUUGGUCAUUUUAUACAUUUUGACUACAGCGGUAGAGAAAACCAGAGAGGUUCUAAUGUCAGAACCGAGGAAGCUGAGCCAGAAGCUGAAGAUUUGGUUCUCGGAGUACUGGAACUUGUCCGACUUCAUUGCCAUCGUUCUCUUCCUGUUUGGUUUUGUGAUGCGUUGGCAUGCUGAGCCUUUCCGGACAGCCGGACGGAUCGCUUACUGUCUAGAUAUUAUAUUUUGGUUUGUCAGGGUGAUGGAUCUGCUGGCUGUCAACCAACACGCCGGUCCCUACCUUACAAUGAUCACCAAAAUGACCUCUAACAUGUUCUUUAUCGUGGUCAUGAUGGCAAUUGUACUGCUCAGUUUUGGGGUAUCCAGGAAGGCCAUCCUGUCACCAGAUGAGGACCCGUCAUGGAGUUUAACACGUGACGUCGUGUUCCAGCCUUACUGGAUGAUCUAUGGAGAGGUCUACGCAUCAGAGAUAGAUCCGUGUGAUGACGGUCGUCCAUGUGCUCCUGCUUCUUUUCUCACGGCAUUCCUUCAAGCUGUCUAUAUGUUCUUCCAGUACAUCAUCAUGGUCAACAUUCUCAUUGCUUUUUUUAACAACAUCUACUUUGAUAUGGCAUCAACAUCCAAUAAGUUGUGGAAGUACAACCGCUAUCGCUACAUAAUGACCUAUCAGGACAGACCGUGGCUGCCUCCACCCCUGAUUCUUCUCAGUCACAUGGCUUUUGGUGUGAGAGCCAUUUACAAGCAACUUCAUGGAAAUGCUGAGGGAGAUGAAAGAAGCUCUGGACUUAAGCUCUACUUAGGCCACGACGACCGCAAGAAGCUCCAUGAAUUUGAGGAGAAAUGUGUACAGGCCUACCUCUAUGAGAAGAAUAAAGAUCUCCACAGCAGCCAGAUGAACAGGAUCCACGUCACGGCUGACAGAGCAGAGGAGAUGUGCACGGUGGUGGGCGAAGUCUCCGAGAAGGUCGGCGUCAUUCAGGACAGCCUGACCGAGGUGGACUCGCAGCUGGGUCAACUUCAGGACCUCUCGGCGCUGGCUGUGGACACACUGACCCUGCUCUCGGCCUCUGACAACCUACAUCAAGAGGAGGCUCGCCUGGCUCAGUCCCGACCGAGCCAAACAUCUCAACACGUCCUCCCUCACAGCUGGACUCUGCACCACAGAGGCGGCGCCGACUAUGAUGUGGCCAAUAUGAGACGACUGAUGUGCAAGCCUUGUAAAAGUACUCCAUCGUCGUUGAUCCAAGGCUGCCCUCUUAGACAAGCGCCGCAGGAGUCCCACCUGGGUGGCAGAGGGAUAGAAGGACAGAUGGAGGAGGGACAAGAAGAGGGAUCACAGUUGCCUGAAACACGCCAUCCUCGUGAGUUGUGUGUGGGCGUUUCUCAAACUGCACCGCUCUCUACAGUUUUGCACCUUCAUGGAGUUGGAAGCCAUCUGAGUGGUUUCAGUCAUCAGACACCUUAUGAGUCACGUGGACCAUCCCGCUGUGGGUCUCUGCUUUCUCUCAAGUUUACUGACAGAGGACUAGAGUCACCACACGUUAAACUGUGGAGCUGUGACCUACACUGUGAGGAAAUUGACAUGGAAGAGGAGGAAGAAGAAGGCAAUGGAAAUGAGGACAAAAAAGAACAGAAUGAGCCAGCGCAUGAACAGCUCUCCAAUUUAGAAGUAUCGAGACCUACUAGCAAUGUUGACCUUUCUGAGCCUGAAAACAUCUCAGAGGAUUUUGAAAAUUCUGCCUUCCGCCAAGAAGAUACCCAACUUAUUUGCCAAAACAGACCUUUUGCAAAAUCUCCAAGGUCGGCCUAUCGGUCCAGAGACUACCCUUAUGGCUACUGCAGAUCUUUGUCAUCCAGUGUGGAGAAUAUGACUUUCUCUGGGGCAUCCCCGAUUCCACGGGGGGGAUCGUUUCCCUACCUUAACGAAGCACUGAACAAGCAAGGGCCUAAAAGAAGUUUCAGAGAUGACACAUCGUUGCAGUGGAGCAGGAGCAGAGAGUGGUCCAAGUCAUCUGACUUCACGCAAGUCUUGAACAGCAAAAGAAGCCCAAAUAGGAAGACUGUCAAAAUACAAGAAAGCAGCCCAGAGAAUGGAACCAUGCACGCAUUUUGGUCUGACGCUUGCUGGAAAAGAUGGCGACGGUCGAAAGGAGAACCUGCAUGUUUGUCAGCUUCGACAAGCCUCAGCCAACUUAAUUUUGAGCCCCUGGAUUUGCAGAAGCAAGUUUCUUCUCAUCAGGAUGUUUUGAGCCCCACUCACUCAGCAUGGAACAGCUGGGCGAGAUCAGUGAGCCGCAGAUCGUCGUUGCAGAAUGGUAUUAAUGCUGAAGGUAGUUCCUCAUUCCAGUCCUCAGAUAUGUUGUGUCCACAUUAUUCAGCCAUGGAAAGAAACAAUCUGAUGAGACUGGCUCACACCAUCCCUUUUACUCCUGUUUCCAUUCUAGGCGGCGAAGAGGUGAGCAUUUACUGUUUGGAGGAAGUUCGGUCAGAGGCCAACCGUGAGUCCAGCCCAGUCGCUUCGUGGUCUUCGCGAGGCCUGUCCGCAAUGCUUCAGCCGCUCCUGAGUGAAGAGGGAUCGCUGGAUGGGGGUCUGCGGCAGGGCUGCAGGGUGCUCUGCACCUGGGCCGAACAGGAUGCGCUCAUACCUGGGAUGGUGUACAUUGUCAAAGCCUUCAGACCAGAGGUGCUGUCUGCCUGGCAGAAGUACUUUCAUGGCAGCACAGCGCUGCAGCUAUGUUUGAGGGAGAUCCAGCAGCAGAGGGCAGCACACAGGAUGAUGCAAGUUUUUAACCAGCUCAAACCUGCCAGCAUGAAACACUCCCCAAAAUUUCUGGACGUAUCAUUGGUCCUUUGGCAUUCGAAUGGCCAGUGGCUGACAAUCGAAAGGAACAUGUCUGGCAACUUCCGAAAGUACAACAACAACACAGGAGAGGAGAUCACACCUUCCUGUCCACUGGAAGAGCUACUCCUAGCGUUCUCCCACUGGACCUAUGAGUACUCGUGCCGAGAACUGCUGGUGCUUGACGUACAAGGAGUGGGCGAGGAGCUGACGGAUCCAACAGUCGUUAUGGCAGAAAUGCACAGCGGCGCCGUGAGCGAGAUGCUGUUUGGUCCUGACAACCUUGGAGAUUCUGCCAUCAAUGCUUUCCUGCUAAAACACUCCUGCGGCGCUUGCUGCCACACAUUGGGCCUCACAGCUUUAAGGCGGCAUCUGGACACGUGCAAGAACAGCAGUUGGGCAGAGCCCACGCCGGGGGUGGCAGAACGAGAAGAUGAGGAAAAGAAACACCUCGACUUGAAGCCUCAUUUUAUCUUUGACCCAUGAAGUAGGCAAAAAAAGGACACUCAUACACACAGACAACUUUGACAAAAAUAUUGGCUCGCUCAUGCAACGGGCCUUAAACAUAUACUGACUUACAGUAAAAUAGGCAAGUUAGAAUUAGUGAUUGAGACACACAUACAGUAUGUAUCCAUUUCAAGUAUCAUACAUGUCAUAUAUAUGCUAAUAUAUUCUUUUUGUUCAUCAAAAAAACCAAACUAAUUAUGAGCUAGGUGAAAUUGCUGGGGAAAGAUGAUCAAUACAUGCCGCUUUUGUAACACAUUUGUUCAGUUAUAUCAUUAGACAUGUGCGUGUGCGAGACAGAAAAAUGAGGCAGAAUUUCACCCAUAAAAUUUAUUGUAUUUUUUUUUUUUUCUUCCCACAACAAAAUGUCUACAAAAGCGAUAAAAUAUAGAAUUUAACAAAAAUCACUUCAGACCUUCACGUUAUAUGUACACAUAUCAAAGGAGGACUCAGUAAAGGGCCCUGCAUAGCUCUGAACUUCAAGCCAUUCUAUUCCGUAACAUGUGGGUGUCUGCGACGCAAUUAAAUGCAAAUUUAUACAUGCACACACGCACACGCAUUCUGAUUUGAAAAAGAAAGUGUUUGCACAGAGGAGCUCAUGGAUUGAUAGUCGGAGCUCAGAGUCCUGCAGAGUCCUAUACGACCAACUGAAGAAAGCGUCAAAUUUCAAAAUGGUUUGCCAGUGUAACCAAAUGCACAAUUUCCUUGAGUUUCCCCUUUUUAUGAUUGCUAUCUCAAGUCAACUCAAGAAAAUAAAGCAUCCGCAGCCCACUUUCACUCGUUCCUCUUCUCACAAGCUAUGGCACUUUGAAAA